AUGACAACCACAUACAGAACUGCCGAAAUGAAUGCACCCUACGUAGCAACCAGACACAGGAGAUUGAAACCACGCAGAAGAGGAGGAAUUAACCCACUCAACCCUGCACUGACGGUGUCACCUCGAUUGGUGAUGAAACGUUUGCAAUCCAACUGCCAAGCUCGGCGAACAGACCAACAACCAAAGAACAGGCACAUGCCUAGGUGCAGUAUUCUCGAGCAAGUCGAACUUCCACGACCGGUUUCGCCCUUUUGGGGCUCAUCAGGUAGGCGCAGUCCCCGGGUUUCCGUCAACCUUAUGUUCUACUUGAAACCAAAUUGCACGGAAUUAGCGAAUUACAACGGUUGCACUAAGGUUUACAUAGGACAAACUGCCAGGGAAUUGCACACCAGAAUUGUUGAGCAUAAGAGAAGUAUUAACAAACCACCAAGGAAUGCAGAAGAAUACCAAAUGCUGGUCAAAGAUUCAGCGAUGGUGGUACAUGCCUUAGACACGGUAUAUAGAACAGAUCUGGAGAAUGUGGAAGUUUUAAGACGGGGACUGCGAUUCACACCACAGCGGCUGAUAGUCGAGACGGUGGAAAUUACUAAGCAUCACGGCGCGAAUAGAAUGGAGGGAUAUAGCGCCGCUCAUCCUUCAAUCACGGGAUCCACAUCACGCGGUCACGUGUUGACUGGCUCCUCGAGCAACGACUUCUCAGAUAGAAGUUUCACUCAUCGGGUGAAGUUUAUUCUUCCAAUGAGCUACUUAUAUAUUGUUGGUAAU